AUGGGUAGAAGUGGAUCCAAUGGAAGGAAAACAAUCGACUCUGCUUUUUUCGCACGGUCAUCGUUUUUGUCACAGUCAUUAAUUAGGACUGGCCAUGCAUCGGACCCCGGUCCGAAGGCCUUACCAACAUCUCCACCGGCUGUUCCCAUGCAGUCGUUUGCAAUGGAUGGAACUAAGAGUGACGAAGGUGAUACGAGAGAGGUACUGCAGUCUCCUUCAGCUGCUUUGCGCACUCUCACCUCUUAUCAUACUCCGACCACAGGUGAAAUGCUUAAGCGGCCAGUACUAUCUUUUGUGAUGGAGCACCAUGAUUUAAAGAGGCUUCGUACGGCUUGUGAAGAUUCAAUAAUAAGAGCUGUUGGAUUCUCUCAUGCGUUUCGAGUGUGGAAUUGGUUGCUGAGGCUGGUAUCAUCUGAGACCAGUGUUUCUGACAUCAUUCUGCAGUACUUGGAAGCCUUGUCGUCCUACAAUUUGUAUUCUGAUGUGAUCUCCACAAAAUUUGUACAAAUUCUGCCACAUCCAUGGAGAUUAUGCUUUUUGGCUGGUCCCCUUGCAGCGAAAAUGGUACAACACUUCCACGCCUUUCUAUAUACGAUCGCGGUCAUUCUACAGUCAUCCGGUGUCGAUGCUCGUCUUCGUUCAUUAUGUUUUAAAGCUUGGACAAUUGAACUCACGGCCCAUGAACAGGAGCUUCUUAUUCUUACCUGUAAUAUCCUUGGGACUGUUGGUGGAGUGUUGUCGGAACCAUCAAUCUCGGAGAACUGGGUUACUGAUUCUGCGGAUCGAUCUCAUGUUCAACAGCAGUUAAAUGGCAGUGUCGACGUUAAGGAAAUGCGAGAUGUGACUUGCCACGCCCGUGUAGAAGCAAGUUCACGGCAAGCGAUGGUGGACAAGAAUCGUUCACGAACUCUGACCGUUACCUUCGAUGGCUGUUCUCCGGUGCUCUUAUGCCUUUACAUUGAUAACCUCCGUGAUGAGGCUUGUCUCACAUCUCAAAUAGCGUUUCGUGCUGCUAUGCCUGAUGGAUCACGUCGCGACUUGAUGUCAAAAAAUGUAGACCAAUUGCAAAUGCUUGGAUUCGUGCCUGAGGGAAAUGCUGAUGUGAUACGGCCAUCAGUGUCAAAUCAGCUGCUUUUCAACAACACACAACAUGACGCAUUUGCAUUAUUUCAGGCGAUUUCUGCUCAGGCAUUCUCUGGCGACAGUUGUGAGCAACAAGAUGCAUUACGUGAGAGAGUUGUGGAUCUCCUGUUUAGUCGGGUAACUCUACAGCCGCUCCAAAACUAUGUUUGUGCGCAGGUUGAGACAGCUUUAGAAAGAGUUAGUGCUAUGCUUGGUUCUCUUCCAGAGAAGUUGAACGGUUGUGUAGCCAAGGAAAACGUAACUAUUCAUAUACCGUCGGACUGUUGGCAAUGGCGAAUCGUAUGUGUGAAUCACGUUGGAAUGGCAACAACGGUUGUGACAUGGUUCUUCGCCAUAAAGUACUUCACGCUGCAAGCAGGCUGUUGGUAUUUGCACCAGAAGUAUGUUACAUGGUAUACUAAUGCUUCAGUAUUGUUACUUAAAUAA